UUAACUAUUUAAAAUUUAAAAGAAAUAUUGCUUCAAAUGGUUAAUUAAUUUUAUUUACUUACAACGCCGUAUGUUAAAUGGCAACUUGAAAACAUUGACAAUAGUAAAGGCGGCACUACUCCAUUUAUAUUUUCUGUUUAUUUAACCUGAUCAUUAUGGAUAAUGAUUUUGAAAAUAAGAUAAAAGAGCUAAAAAGUAAAAUUCAAAGCUAUCCCGAUUUUCCUAAGCAAGGAAUUUUAUUCUGGGAUAUUUUUUCAGCGAUAUCAGAUGGUUCAACAUGCAAGUUAUUACAAAGUUUACUUGUACAAACAAUUAAACAAAAUUUUCCGGAGGUAGAAGCUGUGAUUGGUUUAGAGGCAAGAGGUUUCCUCUUCUCAUUUUCUUUAGCAGCAGAACUUGGUGUUGGAUGUUUACCUGUGAGGAAGAAGGGAAAGCUACCCGGUGUAGUUGAAUCGUUCAAAUAUGAUUUGGAAUAUGGUUCGGAUAUCCUAGAGAUACAAAAGAAUGCAAUCCGUCCGGGACUAAAGUGCCUUAUUGUGGACGAUUUGAUGGCAACAGGUGGAUCAAUAACAGCUACAGCUAAUCUUCUGAAGACUUGUGGUGCGGAGGUGAUUGGUUGUGUAGUUGUGAUGGAACUUGUUACAUUAAACGGACGGAAUAACAUACCUGAUGGUAUACCAGUUUGUUCUUUAAUAAAAUAUGACUAGUAAAUAGAUUUAGCUUCACAAUUCGAACCCUCAGAUAAAUA